UUUUCGACAAGAUUCGGUUACACUUGCCCUAAAAUUUCCAACGACCCAAAAACCCUAAUCCUUCCCGAUUAUCCCCUAGCCGUUAAAUUUUCAAACUAUACGUAUAAAUUUGUGUAUCUAAUAUACCAUAUGGGGAAGAGAAAACGAAGGAUUGACCGGAAUAAAACCCCUCCUUCUCCUGACUUGCAGCCUUCAUGUCACACGCCUCUCAAAUGGAAUCAUCGUUAAAAGAGAAAUCUUCUCACUCAUUUGGCUCUACUGGAGGGCGGCCUACAUCAUCAUCUCUCAUGAAUAUUGUGGAAAGAUCACCGCAUGCUCACCACCAGUCAUCCACCCAUCAUCGCCACCACAAUUUUAACCGGGCAUUGUUAUCAAGGGUUCCACGGCAUUACUACAACGUCCAGCAUUCACAAAGAAAUACCACCAAUCAUUCUGGAACAUCAACUUCUCACGGAAAGAGUACUCAGCGUGAUGACAAACCUAAUUGGAAGUUUGGUCAUAGACCCGAUUCAGGAUUUGGAUAUUAUGCAGGGAGGAGGGAUAAGGCAUCAAGAAGGAUGGACAGAAUCCGAUCAAAUCCGUUGGUAAUCGAUGCAAUAUCCCCCGAGGUAAUGAGUAUGGUGUGUAGGUUAUGUCAACAAAGAACGGGCGAUUAUUCUGUUGUGGCGGUUCUUGUUUGUGGCCAUGUAUAUCAUGCAGAUUGUUUGGAAACAAGAACUCAUAGAGAAGAUCGAAGGGAUCCACCGUGCCCGCUGUGUACGCGCCCUGUUGUCGACAAUUGAUUUGUCGUAGAUUUGUAUAACAUGUUGUACUUGGUGCUUAUUUCACUUGUACCUUGAAAAACAGGAAGUUUGUAGAGAAACAUGAGAGAGAGAGUUUGAGGGUUCCUUUUUAAGUUCCCAUAUGCAGCUCUCUUCAUCACUUGUAUAUGAAAAGCCUUGUUAUUUCUUCU